UUCUUUAAUUUUAAGGAAUCGCGUACCACAGUAGCGACGCAUCUGUCAAGUUGAAAACCAUGAGAGUGAAGUUGGUCCCUGCUCUGGAAGACAAUUACAUGUACUUACUGGUUGACGAAUCAACAAAUCAAGCUGCUGCUAUCGAUCCUGUUGAGCCGGACAAGCUGCUAAAAGCAGUGAAGGAGGAAGAAGUUAACCUUACCAGUGUGCUCACUACUCAUCACCACUGGGAUCACGCAGGUGGUAACGACGCUCUAGUGAGGAGAGUCGACACGAAACUGCUUGUCUAUGGAGGUGAUGACAGAAUAGGGGCACUCACUAACAAAGUACAGCAUGGAGAUAAAUUCCAGGUCGGAAACCUAAACGUCGAGUGUCUGUUCACCCCCUGCCACACGUCGGGUCACAUCUGCUAUCACGUGACGGAUCAAAGCGGAGAGCCGGGUGUUGUAUUCACAGGUGAUACGCUUUUCAUAGCUGGUUGUGGUAAGUUCUUUGAGGGGUCGCCUGAACAGAUGCACAACGCCCUUGUAGGAAUACUGAGCAAACUACCACCAGAGACGAAGGUUUUCUGCGGACACGAAUACACGCUCAGCAACCUAGCAUUUGCGCACCAUGUUGAACCAAAUAAUCAGGAUAUCAGCAAUAAAAUGGACUGGGCACAGGGACUAAGAAGAAGGGAUAUGCCUACCGUACCAUCGACAAUAGGAGAAGAGCUUUUGUAUAACCCCUUCAUGAGAGUGAAUGUUGGCUCCGUACAAGAACACGCAAAACAGUGCGACCCGGUUGCAGUGAUGGCACAUCUUCGCAGUGAGAAGGACAGAUUCAAGGCGCCACGGUUGUGAACGUGCCAAUCAAAGCAUUUUAGAAGUGAUCCUUGGAAUAAAAGUUCAUCAGAUUUUAUGAUAAUGUUAAGUUAUUAUUAAUAUCAAGAUUAAUAUUAAGAUUAUCAUUAUUAUAUGUCUAAGUAUAUUGACCUGUUAGUGACAGUAUCGUUAACCUCAUCAAGCUGAAUGAAGUUGCUUCAUUCAGUUUGAAGAUUACAGCUAGAUAAGACUGGUCAUUGAAAUUUGUUAACAGGUCGACGUACUUUGAUUCAAAUCAAAACCAAAUUACUUUUAAUAUUGCAGAAACGAGUUUGUGCUGUGCCUGCUGAAUUUUACCUAUAUAGAGUGAUAUUAUCAGAGGGAUUAUAAUCCAUAUAUAGUGAGGUGUAAAAGCUAAAUGUGGAAACGCUCGUCUAGACAUGCAUUUGGAAAUCAUGCAAGUUCACUCCCAAUAUUAGGUGGAGAUUCUUGGUAAUCUAGCAAGAGAUCACUGUAUAGGGCUAAACGAUUACGGAACAGGAUGCUCAAGAAGUAACUCACUGACUAACUAUUAUUUGCACUGCUUGCUUUGUAUAUCUUUGUUUUUUCUUUUUUUUCUUUUUGUAUAUUUUUGUUUUUUUUAAUACAUUUAAUUAUCUUGAUCGUA